CAUCAAGAGCUUCUUUUCGAGUAUCUAAAAAUGCUAAAAGUGCUUUAGUGGCACUUGUUUCCCACUUUAUUGCUGGUGAACGAACAGAUUGCGAAGAGUUGGAACCAUUGGCAGCCAUUAUUAAUGAUUUAAUAUAUUUGUCGCGUAUUAAAGUUAAAUUUGUCACGUAUUAA